AUGGAUUAUAAUUCCUUGAAAUCAGUACGUGAUUGCUUUGUUAAGGCAGAAGGAGUUGAUUCGUAUCGUUUAGCACAUGGUUUGAUUUUAAGUGCUGCUACUGGUAUUGGAAUAAUUUCCUGUCUACUGCUACUUGCUGUCUUCUACAUCUGUAGAGCUCAGACACGUUUUUCAACUUUCAAAUUGUUUCUGUCGUUGAACAUUGCUGCCAUUGUCUACCACGUUGCUGGAUGCAUAGUCAUGCUGCCUUGUACAUUCACUGACUGCCAGUUCUAUAGUGAUAACGUUAUAGUUUCUCUUGCUUGGCUUGAUACCCUUGGAUAUUAUUCAAGCAUGUUUACAAAUUUUUUGAUUGCCGUAGAAAGAAUUAGUAUGUUUCAUUGCACCAAACUUCAUCAAUGGAUCGAAGAUCGAAGGCUGCUGUACAUCUCAAUAGCAUGGAUGAUUGGCUGUGCCAUUACUGUAGGAACAACUUCUAUGAAAUGCUUCAAAAGGUCAGCGCUAUAG